AUGCUAGAGGGUAUUAGGUUGUACAUGAUGGAUAGUGAUACCACUACUGGUGGAGGAAACAGUGCUGCCACCACUGUUCCAGCUGGAAAUAACACUGCUGCCCCAACUGUUCCAGCUAGAAACAACGCUGCUGCCCCAACUGUGCCCGACACAAGGAGGAAGCGAGUUCUCCAUUGCUCUAAGUGUCAAUCAGCGACCCAUAAUGCGAGAACCUGCCCCCUCAACCGAGGAAAUGGAAUACAGGAUGUUAUGUUGAAUGUGGGAGAUCGAAGGACGAUUGAUCGUGAGAUGCGAGUUGCAACAAGAGGGAUAGGGGUGUAUGUAAGUGAGGCAACUGGGAAUCAGUACGUGAGGUUGAAUGGAUCACGGGGUCGUCCUGCUGGAGGUACUUAG